AUGUUGGACUUCUUUCGUUCUGUCGCCCAAUCUAUCCCUUCGUCCUCACCAUCCGCUUCGACGUCUCCAGAUCUAGACAUGUCUUCCGACUCUAUGCAGGGUUCGGCAAGAGAUAUGCUGCAGGACCGGGCUGGAAUCAUAGUCUUACGCGAGGAUCUCGAUUUCUAUGCCAUACCGCCACGCCCUGAUAUCGAACACGCAGAAAUGAUGGAGGUCAAACGUGCAGCAGCGAAAGCUUUAUUGAAACAAGAUGGGAUAUUUUCAGGCUUAAGGAAAAGCGACGAGGCUGGUUCUACGGAGCAGCAUUUGAUUGAAAUGCUGACUGCAGGUGGUUUUGAUCGUGAUGAUCGAUGGGGACACCGUGCCCCUGAGCCAAAUAAGGCAGUGAUUUGUAGCCUUGCAUUGGCGAAGCUUCGUACCGACAUUAGAGGUGACUUGUCCAAUAAUAACGCAGUAGGAAUGGCACAGAAACUCUUAUUGUUUUGGAGAAAGCCAGCCAGGCGAUGCUGGUGGGAGGGUGUCGAGUUAGAGAACGUGGAUGGCAUUGAGGGCACAGUCAAGAUUUGGAUCCGUCGGGUAUGGACCUUGGAGAUGAGCGUUAUUGGACUUCGGUAG